AUGGCGCGCAGGGCUGAACCUCCAGACGGGGGCUGGGGUUGGAUGGUGGUGCUAUCAGCAUUCUUCCAGUCGGCGCUGGUGUUCGGGGUGCUCCGCUCCUUCGGCGUCUUCUUCGUGGAGUUUAUGGCGGCGUUUGACGAGCAGGCGGCGCGCGUUUCCUGGAUCGCCUCCAUAGGAAUCGCGGUGCAGCAAUUUGGGAGCCCAGUGGGCAGUGCUCUGAGCACGAAGUUCGGCCCCAGGCCCGUGGUGAUGACCGGGGGCGUUUUGGCUGCGCUGGGGAUGCUGCUCUCCUCCUUUGCUACCUCCCUAACUCACCUAUACCUGAGUAUUGGGCUGCUCUCAGGCUCUGGCUGGGCCUUGACCUUCGCUCCAACCCUGGCCUGCCUGUCCCGUUACUUCUCUCGUCGUCGAUCCCUGGCCACAGGGCUGGCACUGACCGGUGUCGGCCUUUCCUCCUUUGCCUUUGCCCCCCUCUUCCAGUGGUUGCUCAGCCAGUAUGCCUGGCGGGGGGCCCUGCUGCUGGUAUCUGCCCUCUCCCUCCACCUGCUGGCCUGUGGCGCUCUCCUCCGACCCCUCUACCUGUCUGAGGACCCUGUUGUGGGUGGCCCUCGGGCCCAAAUUGUCUCCCUGCUUCAUCAUGGCCCCUUCCUCCGCUACACUGUUGCACUCACCAUGAUCAACACUGGUUACUUCAUUCCCUACGUUCACCUGGUGGCCCAUCUCCAGGACCUGAAUUGGGACCCACUUCCUGCUGCAUUCCUACUCUCAGUGGCUGCUAUUUCUGACCUUGUGGGAAGAGUGGCUUCUGGGUGGCUGGGGGAUGCAAUCCCAGGGCCUGUGUCCCGCCUUCUGAUGUUUUGGACCACCCUGACUGGUGUAUCACUGGUCCUUUUCCCCAUGGCUCAGGCUCCCACAGCUCUGGUGGCUCUGGCUGUGGCUUACGGCUUCACAUCAGGGGCCUUGACCCCAGUGGCAUUCUCCAUACUGCCUGAACUGGUGGGGACUGGAAGGAUAUACUGUGGCCUAGGAUUGGUGCAGAUGGUAGAGAGCAUCGGGGGGCUGCUGGGGGCCCCCUUGUCAGGUCACCUCCGGGAUGUGACAGGCAACUACACAGCUUCUUUUGUGGUGGCUGGGGCCUUCCUUCUUGCAGGCAGUGGAGUUCUCAUCACCUUGCCUGGCUUCUUCUGCUUUUCACCACCUACCUCCAAGUCCCAGGACCCUGUAACAGAGGCCCUGGAUACCAAGACCCCCUUGCCCAAGGAGAGUUUGGAGGAGGACUGA